AAAGAGCCGACUGAGUUGGAGGGUUCGAGUAAAAAUGGCUGAAUAUUUAGCUUCGAUAUUCGGGACUGAGAAGGACAAGGUUAACUGCUCUUUUUACUUUAAGAUCGGGGCCUGCCGGCACGGGGACCGGUGCUCCCGGCUUCACAACAAACCGACUUUCAGCCAGACCAUAGUGCUGCUCAACCUGUACCGGAAUCCACAGAACACCGCCCAAACCGCAGACGGAUCACACUGUCACGUGAGCGACGUGGAGGUGCAAGAACACUAUGAUAACUUCUUCGAGGAGGUGUUCACGGAGCUGCAGGAGAAGUACGGGGAGAUUGAAGAGAUGAAUGUGUGCGACAACCUGGGGGACCACCUCGUGGGCAAUGUCUACGUCAAGUUUCGGCGUGAGGAGGAUGCAGAGCGGGCAGUGGCUGAACUCAAUAACCGCUGGUUCAAUGGGCAGGCAGUGCAUGCUGAGCUGUCUCCUGUCACCGACUUCCGGGAGUCGUGCUGUCGGCAAUACGAGAUGGGGGAAUGUACCCGGGGUGGCUUCUGCAACUUCAUGCACCUUCGGCCCAUCUCCCGGAAUCUUCGACGUCAGCUGUAUGGGCGAGGACCCAGGCGCAGGUCACCCCCAAGGUCCCAUACUGGUCACCGCCCCCGAGAAAGAAACCGAAGACGUUCCCCAGACCACCGGCAUGGCCGCUUCUGAGACCCUGGCUCCCUUGACCUCCACCCCUGACAGGCAUAAAUGUUCCUGGCCAGAA